AUGGCAUUAGCGGUUUUUGAGAUGGGAGUUCUGCUCCAAAUGGUACCACAUGCAUCUGCAUUAGCAUUGAGUCGCAUAUUAAGUCGAAUUCUGAGUCGUUGUGAUGAUGAAGUGGUUGUUAUACUGGGCGAAGAGAAAGAAUACUUCAGUAGUGAUUCCAUUGAUAAAUCUGAUGUAACUAACUUUGAUGCAUAUGAGCAUGUGACACCCGAGUUCCUAAAUGCUCUUAAAACUUCAGGAUUGCCCAAUCAUUCAAUCAUAUUGAAAGUUGGUGCCACUAUUAUGCUAAUGCGCAACCUAGAUCAGUCUGAAGGCUUGUGCAAUGGUACAAGGCUAACUGUAACCAGACUUGCUGCUCAUGUCAUUGAAGCUAAGAUCAUUUCUGGCAAAAAUAUUGGUAACAUCUUUUAUAUUCCUAGAAUGUCUUUGUCCCCCUCACAGUCCCCAUGGCCAUUUAAAUUGGUAAGACGCCAAUUUCCAAUUAUCGUUUCCUUUGCCAUGACUAUUAACAAGUCUCAAGGCCAAUCACUUGACAAUGUUGGUUUGUAUUUACCAAAAGAGGUUUUUAGUCAUGGGCAAUUAUAUGUGGCUAUCUCAAGAGUCAAAUCCAAAAAAGGAUUACGGAUUCUUAUUCAUGACAAAGAUAAACAACCCAUGAUCUCUACCACCAAUGUUGUAUUCAAAGAAGUGUUCCAUAACAUUUGA